AUGAGCGACUUGCAGUGGGAACCUCGGGACCACCGCCAUAACAGAAGUUACAGUAUUGCUGCCAGCACACGCAGUGAAGUCGCCACAAGACACAGUCGCUUUUCUUGGUGGCAGAUCAUGGACCAGAGAGCGCGGGAUAGAAUCAGUAUCGGGGACGACGCCCGACCAUCUCUCGAUGCGAGCUCAUCUGAUGCCACACACACUCGCCCAGAAACCUCCACCCGGACAGAUGCAAGCGACGAUGUUGCAUCGCUCUUCGAGCCAAGGAUCAAUCUUCAUGACGACUGGUCGACACCACCCACGAGUGCAGUACCGCCCUCGCCAAGUAAUAUUUUCCCUGCUGCGCUUAUACCGUGCAAAAGUGCUGCUUCGACUGGAGCCUUUGCUACUUUCACUGGCAACCUCGUCAAUCCACAGCUACCAUGGGGAUCCCAAUCAGCACUAUCGCCAGUCAACCUUCUGCCGCUACAGCAGACACGAGCGAGAAAGCCUGAUAUCCGGCAGAAUGCUUUGGCAAGAAAGUCGGCAAGCUCUGGCAUGCUCUACCAGACCUAUCAAGCCGAAGAUCGUCUCGUGGAUCGAAGAGAUCGGCUUCGCUCCGAGGUGAGGGCUCUCCGCCAUAAAACUUCCCUCCUCGAUGAGACAUUGAAGCAGACUGUGCAUCAGCGUCUGGCACUCCACGAGGAGCGAGACGCGAUGAGCCUUGCCAGCAGCUCACCGAUAGUCCCAGCGUUGGAUCCGAAAGUAACGAUUAUGGACCGAGGGAGAACUGUACCUCGCUCGGACUGCUCAGCAGCUGAUAGUGUUCUCUGGCAAGCAAGCGCGCCGUCCGCUUUCGGAAUGGCGGCCAAAACAAAUGGGCAGCCAAAGCCAAAAAGACCUGUCCUCUCAUUAGAUAUACAAGCAGCACAGGCUACAAUGGGCGUACAAAGGAAGCCGUAUCAAGUCAGACAAAAUUCGAACAUCAGUAUUGCGCCGCAUAUUGUGAGCAUCUCCAAGACAAGACCAACCAACGCUACUCCACGCUCUGCGGAUCCGGCUCUGCGAAGGUCGACAUCAUUGCCAGCUUUUACAGAACUUCCAAGCAGAGCACAGACGUCAACCAUGACGAAGUAUGACCACAAGGCAUUACGAAAAACGCAAAAUCUGUACAACAAACUCACAGAAGGGAACACGCGAGGCUCUGCCUCGCACAAGAUCACUGGUCUAUGGAAAAACGUUCGAAUGCGGACGCGGUGA